CAAUUGUUCCUUCUCGUCGACGGUUGUUUGUUUUUACUAGCAGGUUUCGAAAAAAGUGUUCCUGUUUCAUCAUUCGUUUUACAUUUCUCAUUGUAAUGUUUCGAAAUAAAUAUAUAUACAAGCCAGGAGGAAUAGGAUGGAACCUACUGUGUUCGCUGCACCCUCGCUGCAUGACAUACCUGAGCCCACUCAGGCCAGCCCUGCAUGUCAACCACAACUGGAGAAUGGUGCGGCUGUACUCGAAGCCGGCGCGUCAGCCCAACUUCUUUACCCAGUUUGUGGAGAACAUCAAGCAGGAGUUUGCAAAGAACAAAGAGAUGAAAGAGAACUUGAGGAAGUUCAGGGACGAAGCCCAGAAGCUCGAGCAGUCGGACGCCUUAAAGAAAGCUAGGCAAAAGUUUGAAACUGUGGAGUCUGAAGCAUCUAAAGGUUCCGAGGUGUUGAAGGAAAAACUGGGCUCCAUCAAGGAAAAGAUGCACGAGGCAUUAGAAGAUGUAAGCAAAUCUGACAUUGCUAAGAAAGCAGGUCAGAUAACGGAGGAGCUGGGGAAGUCGGCCCGGGGCGCCGCCGAGUCCCUCUCGGAGAAGGGCCAGCAGCUGGGCAGGUCAGCGGCCUUCCAGACGGUGUCGCAGACCGCGAGGGCCGUCAAGAAGGAGCUGGGUGAGGGCAGCAUGCAGGCGUUUGUGUACAAGGCCCCGGACAAGCUGCGCAAGCGCAACGAGACGUGCGCAGUCGCAGACAACAGGGUGAUCGAACCCAACCAGGAGGCAACCGGCGUCGAGCUGCACAAAGAUUCCAGGUUUUAUCAGAGCUGGCAGAACUUUAAGGACAAUAACCCGUACGUGAACAAAGUGUUGGACUGGAAAAUAAAAUACGACGAAAGCGACAACCCGAUGAUCCGAGCGUCGCGCCUGCUGACGGACAAGGUGUCGGACAUCAUGGGCGGGCUGUUCCAGAAGACCGACCUGUCGCAGACCCUGACGGAGAUCUGCAAGGUGGACCCGAGCUUCGACAAAGUACAGUUCAUCAAGGAUUGCGAGACGGACGUCAUCCCCAACAUCCUGGAGGCGAUGGUGCGCGGGGACCUGGACAUCCUGCGGGACUGGUGCCACGAGGGCCCGUUCAACGUCUUCUCCGCGCCCAUCCGCCAGGCCCGGGCGGCCGGGUACCGCUUCGACUCCAAGGUCCUCGACAUCGACAACGUCGACCUCAUGAUGGGCAAGAUCAUGGACCAGGGGCCCGUGCUGGUCAUCAAUUUCACGUCGCAGCAGAUCAUGUGCCUGAGGGACGCGAAGGGCAAUGUCGUCGAGGGCGACCCGGAGAAAGUGCUGCGGGUCAACUACGUGUGGGUUCUGUGCCGGGACAUGACGGAACUGAACCCGAGAGCAGCGUGGAAGCUUUUGGAUCUCUCUGCUAGCAGCACCGAACAGUUAGUUUGAAAAAAUAAAUUAUUGUCGAUGUACAUAUUAUUACAUACAUGUAUAUUUCACUAGAACCUGGUACACAUGGGCAUCUUUCUUUUUCGCAAAGGUGAAUGUUAAAAGUGAUAAAGCAGCAUUAAAUAAUGUAAAAAAAUGUACAGGUUACAAUUUUAAGUGGUAAGUUUGCUUUUGUAGUAAACUUUAUUUAAUAAAUACUACAUCUUAAAGUACAAAAAUCAACUUUCAAAGGUUUUACUGCUUCAAUAUUUUUUUCCAAUUUUAUAAAAAAUAUCAUUUUAUUCUUUUGUACUAAUUAUAAUUCAUCCCAUUUAAUGUGUGUUUAAUGAUUGUGGGGAAAAAAAGAAAGUUGGUUUAGAAAUGUAUCAAUGAAAAAAUGAAAUUUAAGAUUUAUUUUGUAGGGCCAUUAUGAAUAGGUAUAGUUUUGUUUGUUUAUAGUGGCCUUAAUAGCUAAAGAUAUUUACAGAAAGAACUAGCUACAUAUAGCCCUUGUAUGGUAGCUAAUAGAAUUAUUUCUUUAACACUAGUUUGCUAAAAGUUAUUUUUUGGAUAAGGGUAUUUACCAUUCUACUCACAUAAGAUGUCUAUGUGUACUAGACUUAAGCAUUCUGCAGAAAAUAAUACAAUUGAGUGUGCCGAUGAUAGAAACGUAUGCUUAAUUUUCAAAGUAUGUCAUGAACUGCAGGCACAGGUAAUAUUAAAUUACAAGCCUACAGGUGGUCAGUUUUAAACUGCACAUAGAUUACAAAAUGUUACCAAUAGCAUAAAUUUAUAGAAGACCUUUUCCAAAGGCUUGGUCCUGAAUGUUUUGACUUUUUUAUAUAUAAAAGAUUUUUAUUAUUUGCUACCUAAGCUUUAAAAUCUUCCUGUUAAUAUCUUUUUUUUUACAUCUAAAAGUAAAGAAUGUGUAUAAAUUAAAACUUAAUUUUAAAAUUAUUUUUCCAUACUUCAAUGAUUUGGUUGUGUAACUACCUAAUACUCUUAUUCACUGCCUCAUUUUAUUUUUGAGAGACUUACAACAUAUCUAAUUUUACUGAAGUUUUUGAACAGACCACUGCAUGAAAAAAAUUAAUAUUGACUUAGGCCAAUUUACAAUAUUCCAUGAGUUGGUUACAUGAAAAUGUAAACUCAUUGCAGAGGCAGUCAUUUGGGAAGGGUGGUGGGGUUAAAUACCAACUUCUCCUUGUUAACUCCACCUAAAAACUUCUGUGGUGAUGGCAAAAAAAUAAUCUGCUUCAGGCUGCACCUAACAUGUAGAGUGUUCAAUUUUUGAUGUGUAUACAGCAUUUGGUAGGAGUAAUUUCGUGAAAAAGGAAUGGAAGUUUAUGAACGUAAAAGUGUGACAAAGAUGGUGGACCCACAUGUUCAAUCCAUAUAUUAAACACCUAUCCCUCACUUACACUACUAAUUAGUUCCUAAAAAUGCUCAUGUUAUUCAAAAUCGCGUAUUCUGAAGGAUUAGUUUCCAUAAAUAGCAAGGCUAAUUUAUGUAAUGUGUUCCAAAAUUGCGUAGAAUAACACUCAAUGAUAAAUAUGUCACACCAUUAAUCUUGAUAUGCCUCCUAUUGCACUUUGUAUGACAAAUACGACACCGCGUAACGGAAGAUACAUGGUUAUAUACUUUAUCGUCAGUCUGCUGGCUGACUUGCCCGCCCGGGCAUGACCUUCAACUCACAUCGCAUAUCUUGCCAAACCAUCCUUUACUGACAGUGAAACCAAUAUUACUGUUCGGAUAAUUACAUUUUAAUUUUUAAAAAAUUAAAGUGCUUAUCGUGUCCUAUCGCAUAAUCUCGCACAAAUUAUAAUAAGAUCAAGUUACAAAAGUAGGGGUGCGAUUUUUAUGUGGGGAAAAAAUUUUUGUUAGGAAAGGUUAUUCAUAAAAACAUAACCCAAUCAUGGAAAGUACCUAUGUUUUUUUUAAAGUAGAGUAUAAAAAAGCACGCCAAACUAUUUAAAUUAAUAAGUCAUGCAACAAAAACCUUUCUUCAACUUUAAAUAGAAAAACAUCAUCUGUGACCCAAAUGCGAACCUGAAAUAACGCAUAACUAUUGUCGUAGUACACACCACGAAAGAGUGCGGGCUAUCAAAUGUAGUAAAAUCGGCACAAGAUAGAGAGCACGCAUUGCAUGCAAUCGGCGAGAUAUCAAUAUCGAUAUUUGACUACGUUUGUGCACUCUAUACGGGAAGUAACAUAGCCAAACAUGAAUGAUGCCAACUAGCGGUGGCUACAUUUUUAUAAACGGUACACCACGGCAUCACAGACUAACAGAUAAAGGUUAUAAUGUUUAAAAAUGUCUUCAAAAGAAAAUUGUGUGCACAUUUGACUUGCUUAAAACUAAAGUGCGACCAACAUAAGCGUGGCCUUCAUGUCAAUCUGCGCGGCCGUAAUAGGUACUUCUAGUUUUGUCUCAAAUACUUCAACACGAUGCAUUAUGAGUGAUCAAGCACGUAGUUACCGGCAGCUGAAUGGUCAGAUGUUGCUUUUGUUUGUGUGAUUUCCUUGCCACUGGCUAGACUGAGUUCACGGCCCGGUUUGUGGCCAGGCGACAACGGUACGGCACAGUGGCAUACGCGUGGACGUAAAAAAAUGUCGUCCUUUACACGCCAUAGCCGCAAUUUAACUUACCAUAGUUGAUAUUUGUACAACAGCCGAUAGUGUAGUCAGACCUGCGUGACCAUCUCUUCCCCCCUUGCCUGGCUAACUGUAUUCCACAGCACAUCUGUUGUUUACAGAAGUUGAAACAGGUUUCGUGGCAUCGUGCCAGACUUUUUUUUUUGCCUGUGGAGAUUUCGUGCUAACUGAAAUUUACAGACCUGCUAUUCAAGACUGGGGCAGUAAAAUUAACAUUGCGCUAAAUGAAUUCACGCAUUCUGAAGACGUGCUAAGUGAGGGAUAGGUGUAUUCUCUUUUUUAGAUUGAACAUAUCACCUUCAGAAUAACUUAAGUCAGAUACCAAUAAAUCAGUGAUUAAUUAUAGCAUUAUAGGGUUUGUAUUGUUUGUUUAUGGUACCAAAAAAAAAAAUACCUAUUUAAAAAUGUGUAUUGAACUCUGCUUGCAUUAAAAGUAUUAAAACACCAUCUCUUUCCUAGCAAGGCAGGCAAGGUAUGCAUGAUGCCUCUGCAUAACUUUGUUUGUCCAUCCCUCUCCAUAAGACAUGAAGAAAACCUGUUUUACAAUAGGGUACUUUAAUUUGGAGUGUUGUGCCUUAUCUGUCAGCACACACAUGUCUGCACCCUGCCUUCUACAUACUGAACAAAAUCUUUAAAGUGGAGGUGUCAAACUGGACAGUUUCAAAUGCAUUGAUGUGAUUUUUUUUUUAAGUCAGUUAUGGCAAGGAUAAUGGGUAUAUUCCAACAUCCAGGUCCAGCGAAAGAGUCUUUAACCCAGCAUUCUACAGUUCUCCUUAUUCUGUAAUCUGUAGGGAAAAGAUUUUACAUUGAAUUACAAUAAAACCUAAAUAUUAUCUUUUGAAAUAUUAAGUUCAGUGAAUGUUUAAUAUGCAGUUUGCAUCAAAAUGUAUAUGAAAAAAUUAAUUUUAUAUUACAAAUUGCAUCUCCUAUUAAUGUACUCAUUUUUAUCUUACUGCCAAUGGUACAUUAUUCGAAACACGUAAUUGAUUUAUUUUUAGUCUCGAGUAAUUCUGUCCAGGAUAAUCGUAUUACAAAAAAAUUUAUUGUUAUAAUUAUAAUAUUUUAGUCAACUAUGUAUCUAAUAUCAUUUUAGUGUUGUGUGUGUUAACAAAAAACUUACAAGAAUAAAAACAAUUAUAA